CGUGCGUUAUUUGCAUGGGGCCAUAACAUUUUUAAACCUAGUGAGCCGUGAGCAGUUGAGACCGAUCUAGAUACGCCUUAAUGUCGUGAGAUUUCGGCUCGCACACGCGUUGAGUUUUGUCUGGCGGAAGCAGCACAUCAGCUUUUUUCUCUCGCAACACUCGGAGCGAACGGACGUGCUGCUUGGUGCGUCCGCGCUUGUAUCAAAAGUGGUUUUGUAUUAAACUCUACGUAACGCAAUUAUUCGAAAAAGCAAAAAAAAAAACAGUUUAAUCACAAAGUAAUAAUUAAACAAAAAUUUGUUAGCAAAAGCAAAAUUUGCGUUGGUGCCGGGUCGCGUUUGUGCAUUUGUGGGAAAAAAAAGUGCGUUCGUGUUUUGGAGUGAAGUCCGAAAGGCCUACAAGGAACCUUCUGUCCUGACGUGUGUGGUCGGUGCUGUGUGCGUGGCAAGCGAGUUUUUUUUUCUUAAUUCAUUGUAAAAAAAGAGAAAUUACGCUGUUUGUUUGUGAAGAAGAAAAAAAAAUCAAUCAAGUGUGCAAUAAUCUAUAGCAAAAGCUGUCUGCCGCCGCUUUUAACGGAAUGGAAUACGGCUAGUUCAGUUGUUUCUUACGCCGUGUGAAGCAGAAGUGUGUAUGUGUGUGUCUAUGUAUGUGUGUGUUUGUAUUCCUUCCCCCAAAGGGAGAUGUGAUGUUGUUGGAAAAAUUAAUGAGAUAAAUUGAGAAAAAAAAGAAGUAAAAUUAAAUAGUCAUUAAAUGUCUCAUUUGUGAGUGUUUCCGUCGCUAACGAAUUUACACCCGUCGAUCGUCGUCGUCGAAUAGUGGUUUUUGCUGCCGGCCGUUAGUGUGGUAUUAUGGUGAUAAGGUGGGGGUGUGUUUCCCGCAUUUACAAAACGAGUGCAUUGUUGCUUUUUUUUCGCCCAUUAAUCGAAAAAUCGGGCUCAGCAUCCCGUGAGCAGCUCGCAUUGUCAUCUCUCACCUUUCGUGAAAAGCCGGCUGUCGGAACGACAUAUUCAUCGUGAAUUGUUCCGUUUAACCACAAAAAAAAAGUUAAAUAAAGAGAAAAAAACAGGAAUCUACCCCUUCACUUCCACUCGCGCGCAUUAUAAAGGCCGGUUUUUUCGGGUUUUUUGUUAAUGUAAAUGGAGAAACUCGCUCACUGUGCGUGAGCGGUUCCAUCUUCUCACUGGCUCAACGCGCUCACACAUAGCGAAAUUCCAUUAUUAGUGAUUCUCUCACUCUCACUGAAACGGCGAAUUAAAGUUGUUUUUGUUGUUGUUGUUGCAAGUACUAAGAAAAAUAAAAGACUUGAAGGCUAGCGAGAGAAAAAAAAAACGGCAAAACGCGCAUCAACAUCAUCCUCAUCAUCAACAAAACGUCCAGUCUGCUCUCGUCCCAGCAAACGUUCGGUUUCGGGUCAGGUGGAACAUAACAUCAUCAAUAUUGAAACGGUGAACACCGUAUAACGAAUACAACGGCGGCAGAGCAUCAUCAUCAUCAACGGGGGAAAGCAAAGGCAAUCCCAGCAUCAUCAGAAGCGGCCCGAUUAUGGAUAUCAGGGUCGUUGGCGGUCCCUGCGGCUACCAUGGCUCGUACACAUUUUUCAAGGGCGUUAAAAUAACGUUCGGCCAGAAAGUAACGCACGAAUCGGGCAGUGGUUCCACUUCGUCCGCUUCGUCCGUAGCCAGCCUACCAGUGUCCGCGCCCGGCAGCGGAAGUGUUGGUGGCCCAUCACACAGCACUGCCAACACUACCUCCAUCGACAGCAGCAGUACUACUACCAGCAAUGGCCACGACCGGCGACGCCCAUCGGUCGACAUUCCCAGCGAGGGUGGCACAACCGACUCACCUGAUUCCUCCUCCACGCCAGCUGUCACCACCGCCCAGCCCGAAGCGUUGCCGGCUGGUGAGGAUGGUGAUACACCACCAACCGGGGAGGAACGGGACGAGCGGUUGAAGGACCGCAAUGAUGGUUCCUCCACUGCCCAAUGCAAUCAAACCAAUGCCAACAGUACGUCGACAACCGACGGCAAAAGUAGUAGCGGUGGUAGUAGUGGAAAUAGUGGUAGCAACAGUACUAGUAAUAGCAAUAGCAAUAGUGAUAGUAACGGUAACAACGGUAGCUCUAGUGCCAACGGUGGCACCAGUGGAAAGAGUCAAAAUGGCAACCAUGCGAAGCCAAAACAAACGCAACGAAAAUGUGUCAGCGAAAAUGGCGUCGGUGGCGCUGGUGGAGUUGGUGGAGGUAGUGUUGGAGGCAGUGUUGCCAGCAGCAACGGUACCAGCACCAGAGCCGGUAUCAACAACAACCUUUGCCGAUUAACAUCGGUCGAUCGAGAGCAACACUACCGACCGCUGGUGCUGGCACUGGGCGACUGCAUUCCGGUCCGACCAUGGUCCGACUCACCGAUCGCGUGCUUGGCCGAGCUGCGGAUGGUCUGGAAGGAUCGGAACGAGCAGUGCCUGCUGAUAGCCCUCCGGUUGUACUUUCUGCCGGAAAAUACACCACUGGGCCGUAACUGUCAUGGGGAGGACGAGGUACUAGCAAUCUCGGACAAGGUGAUACUGCGGGCAGAAGACCUCCUCAACUGGAUCGAUACCGAGCAGGAAUGGAGCUGGGGUUUGCUCACGUUGUACGAUGAGCACAGUGCCAAGGAUUGCCUCGGGAUGACGCGACAUCUCAGCAAGAACUCCUCGCUAGACUUUGGCGAUGUGGACAAGGAGAAACAUUCAGGUGAAAACAUUGUCUCGAAGGUGGCAGUGCUAAGCUUUUCAAGGUACUGCCGUUACCGGGCAUUGCUGAAACGUUUGGAAGGUGUCCAGCAUGCGUGGGUACAGAAUGCGCUGGUGGAAACGCUUGGUGGAUUCGUUGCACCGGUCCCUAACAUGCGGAUAAUGUUUUGCAAAGAAACGUUCGACUAUCCGGAGCUGGAGACACACGAGCUGCUGUGCAAUCAUUUGGCGCCAAAGCUAAAGGGACGACCACGCGGCAAGCGAAAGAAAACACUGUCCGAUUCGUCGCAGUACACGAAGAAGGAAGGCUGCUCGGAUGAGAGUGAGUCCAACGAAUCGGACGUUUCGGAUUAUUCCUACAGCAAGGUAUCUCCCAGCAAGAAGGUUAUCGAUCUCCAUCCUACCCCACGCUACAAUCCUCGGCCAUCGCGUGGAUCGUCCCAAACGAAGCAGGAACCGAUCAGUGUAGUGAUAUCUGCCUCCGCCGGUACAGUCAAACCGAGCACCGGGAACCACCUGUCCCAGCGCAAUCGGUCCAAAUCCACCUCCAAGACGAAAACAUCCAAGAAGUCAAAGUCGGCCACGAAAGCGGCACGGAAAGCAGGUCGUGCAGCUGGUGGCAAGAAAUCAUCCUCCUCGUCCUCCAACUCAUCGCUGGCAGCUGCUGGAGGUGGUGGUGAAUCGGAAGAGGAUGAGGACGAUGUGGAUGAAGAUGGUGAGGAUGGUGGGUCGUCGUCGGCGCGCGGCGCAUCAAAAGAUCGCGAUCGGGAAGAUGAGGCGGACGAAGACGAGGAAGAGAUGGACUACGAGGAAGAUGAGGAAGAAGAGGAUGAUAAUCUGUUCCGGGUGAACGAAAGGAUGGGUGCUUCCGAGCGUGAGUUUCUGCAGCGGUUGCAAGAAUUCCUUGAUCCACGGGCACUCCAAUAUGCGGAUAGUCAAGCUGCUUCACUAAAGGGUGUGAGUUUGUACGCGGUGUAUGCGAAGGUGCAAAAGAUCGGUGGCUACAGUGCGGUUAGUGAUAAGGAGGUGUGGAACCAGCUGCUGCAAGGUACGGGUGCGGAGAAUGGAGUGCUUAGCCGGCGGAAGUACGAGAAGAUUGUGCUACCGUUCGAGAAGCAUCUGCGCGAGUUGGUCGGUGAUCAAGAUUCGGAUGUGAAACGGGAAACCUUACUGCUGUUGGGUGAUGACGAGUUGGACACGAAGCUUCGAUUGUUGCGCGACGUUAAACUGGAGAAGCGUGAUCCGGACAGUAAAUCGCUGGCGCUGAUAGAAAACAACGGCAACGCGGGGUUGGAUUAUUCGGUAAAGCGUGAGGUGGUGGAGAAAGAUGAACUGUACGGGAAGUGUGGGCUUAAAGAGGACAGCAAUGGUGGAGGUAGCCCGAAUGGUGGUGUUCACCUCGGAAUGUCACCAGUAUCUGUUCCGCUGACGGUGAUCGUUCGACCAAAUCUCGAUGAAAAGGAUCAAAAGUCGUCCCAGAUACAGAUCAAGCAACCGCACACAACGAUCACGGUACAUCAGACAACGAUUCAUCCGCAUAAUGCCAACCACCAUCAUCACACCAGUCAGCCAAAUAGCAAUCAUCAUCACCAGCACGGUUCGUUGAGUGGACAGAGUCCGCAGCACAUUACGAACCAGAUACAGAUCACCAAUCAGAUCCAGAUCCAACAGAUCACGGUACAGUCGAAUGAUAAGAAUGGACCUGGUAGUUUGGCGGGAACAGGCUCGGGAAGUCCAAAUGAAUCUGCGGGACAGUUCAAGUAUAGCUUCAAACAAGACAAAUCGGGUCAAGAGCUGAAUAUUGAACCGGCUGCAACGACACCGAAGUCAAGCUCGACCACAAUCGCUUCCGGUGCGGGAUCACCGUCCGAGGGUGCAUCAUCACUGAGUCUAUUCCCGCUUAACCGACAGGGCACGGAUCCGGAUCUAACGAUAAAGGAAGUUUCGGUGUGUCCAACGAGUGGAACGCUAUCCAUUACGUCCAGUGCAUGCGUGCCGACGACACCUUCGAAGACGAGCUCGCUUAGGCAUGUGCGAAUGAAGAACGAUCGCAAGGGCAAUUCCGGUGGGAUGCUUAUGGAGGGUGGUGGGUUUAUGGGUGCUAGUCAGAAGGAGAACAUCCCACUGCUUGGCGGUGGAGUUGGCUCGGCGAGUUUGUUCGGUGGGCAGAGUCUAACCACAAUCACACCGAUCCCGGCCAACAUGAUGAUGGCAGGAGCGUUCCUCGGACAUGGUGCUGUUGGUGGCGGUGGUGGAGGUGGUUCGCACACUGGAGGACGCUCUUCGAUGGAUCUGGAACACGCUGGAAAGCAACAGCAACAGCAGACACCGGCAGCAACCGAAGUGAUCGAUCUGGUUGAUAGUGAUAACGAAAACGAUAGUUCACCACCUGGAUCGAAUCCCGGAUCGUCCGCCAACCGUAAACAGGCAGGUCAGGCGAUGCGUCCUAUACCCUCGCUGCUACCACCAAUGAAGAAGCGCAAGUUGGACAUCUUGCGCGAGGGUGGUCUCGAGGUAACACCGAUCUCAAACGGUGCCAGUAUCUUCUCGAGUCUCGGCAAAAGUACGGGACCGCCCAAUCCGAUGCGUAUCAAUAUCACGGCCGAACUGAACACGACUCCACCACGGUCGGACGUAUCGAAGCGCAACGAUCAGCCACGCAAAUGCAUUCCGACACCGCUCGAAUUCCAGACGCACUGUAUGUACACACGCACCGGCAAGAUAUUCGGCGACCCGAAGGAGUUGGUACCACCGCGGGCACCCGCGCCUGCACCGGAUCUACUCGAUUUGACUGGCCGCAUGGGUAUGGGUAUGAUGGGUGUAGAUAGCAUUGCAAACCUCUCCAGCAAAAACCAACCCUCGCUGCCCGGUAUGGAUUUCUCUGCCGGUGGUAAUGUGCGUGCGAAUGCACGCACUGGACCUGCGUCCCGGACGGCACCGAGCCUGCAGAUUACGUUGGUUCCGGGGCCGUCUAACAAUCACAACACCUCCGGUGGUGUUCCCGGUCUUCCACCGCCAAUGAUGACUCCGUUGAAUAUUCCCGUUCCGGUGCCAAGUCAGCAGACAGCAGCCGCAUCAUCCGCGUCCUCUAGUGCGAUGGGACACAAGAAAUCGAAAGCGUAUGAAAUUGUGCCAUUAAGAGACGGUGGUAUUACCGCACCAAUGAAGGAACCCAGCCCGAAGGUAACUAUCGGUCCAUCGUCUUCGUCGUCCUCUUCAUCCAGCUCGACGAACGGAACUAUCAUUCCGCCACCUCCACCACCAUCAGCCAGUCAGCUAGGAUUGAUGGGCGCUGCUGGAGCAUCUCCAAACAAUCUGCUCGAAACGCUUGCCAACCUGCAAAAGGUGAACCCGGUGCUGAUGGCCAGCAUACUGUCAUCAUCCGGUAUCUCAAAGUCCUCUAUACCUGGCUUAACGCAACUGCUUGGCACGCUUGCCGAUCAGUCACCACUAGCACCACCUGCGGCAAAGAAGACGCAACGGAGAAGAUCCAACUCACAAGCGGCGGCGGCCGCAGCAGCUGCUGCAGCAGCGGCCAAUUCCGUCCCGAGCGCACCCUCGCCCAACGUUUCGCCGGCCGGUGUUGGUGGUGUUCCUCCAGCAAAUGUACCCUCCAUGCCACCGUUCCCAAUGCCACCGGGCAAUUUGGGAAUAAUUCCACCAGGGAUGUUGCAAUCCAACUCUCCAUCACCGCAGCAUCAUCCACCGCAGGCUGAUUCACCUACGUCCGCGAACCAUCCGCUCAGUCAACAGAUUAAACUACUGCAGCAGGUGCAGCUACAGCAGCAGCAAAAGUUCUUCCAGCAGAAGGCAUCCGAAGAGCAGCAGAAGUUGCAAAUGUUCCAGCAGUAUUCCCAGAAACAACAACCUUCGCCGAGCCAAAACUCUCCCUCGUCACCCGUUUCGACUGUUGGGGCAGGUUCACCUUUGCCGGGUACACCACCACUCGCAAUGCCACCUUCGCCCGUAUCAGUACCACGCAUUCCGGUCGUUCCACCACCCUCGGGAGGUGUAUUGUCCGGACUUCCACCAGGUGCUGGUGCUGGAUUCCCGCCACCGUUCGACCCAAUCUAUCUGCCACUGUACGCGAAUCCGGGUCUAUACCUGCAAAGUCUGCCACCGGAACAGUUGCUGCAGUUGUACAAAAAUCUCCCGCAGGGCAUUCCAAUCACCAAGAGCUAGUCGGCAAGGGCGUCCUCCACGUCGAGCAGUAGUGAUCGUGGGAGUCCCGCGAUUCAUGCCGGUGAACUGUAGAGAGAAUAAUCACUCGCGCCCCCCACCCCAUAUUCUGUUCUGACCAUUUUGUGUUCCUUAGACGAUGACUUGGACGUGUUCCCGGGAGUGUGAAACGAAUCCGGUGUGAUGAUUGUUUUGAUAUGUGUUAAUGGGUUCUUUGUGUAGAUUUCUCCAUCAUUUGCAUGAGAGGUUUGAUCUAUUGAUUUUGUUUUUCUUUUCCGUUUCUUUUUUAAGUUUGCCACCCACGAAAUGAAAGACUAGGUCACGGUGUUUCGUUUGAGUUAUUUGUUAUUUAGAUAAAAUUUAGUGUGUAAAAUGUUUGUUUAGUUUUCUUUUUUAUUUCGUCUUCUAGAACAGAAGCAAACCUAGGAUGAACUAUUGUGUUGUAAGAUACCUGCAAUACACGAAGAUACGAUAAGAAAUUCCCUCAUUCCUUUUGCUUUCUAUCGUGAAGAAAUUGAGAAUGGCGUUUUGUAAAGAUUGUAACAAAUCAAACUAGUAGUGAAGAAUUAUUACCUAAUAUGCGCGUAAUGUAGUAGUGAAAUCUUAUAAAUUUACGAAAUAAUUGUCGCGUAAGGUUCUAGAGAAAAGGGGGAUUUGGAGCUGGGCUUGCUCACGCGAGUUGGCAAGCUCUGCUGCUAGGGUCGCCAAUUAAAUAGUAUAAACAAAGAAGAAGGAAAUGGAUCUGUACUCGGCAAACGAAAAAAAAAAACACUCACCAUCGUAACGAUAGGAGAACAGGAAACAAACGUAUGUUUUUGCUCGUGAAUAUAUAUGGUAGUAACAGUA